UUUCCCUUCGUCGUCCUUUUUCGCUGUCACUGCUUCUUUCCCCUCGAUCUCUGGUCCGUUUCUGAUGUGACAUUUUCAAUAAUUUGUUUGGUUCCAAUCUUUUUCCAUUUUUCUCGCUCUCACUCUCGUGGGAGAUUGUGAGAAAAUCGAUGGAGCGACAGAGAAGUAUUGCCAUUAAACCCACCAGAUUCUUGGUUUUCACUUUCACAAUCUCCUCCUUUCUCGUCUUCGUCUCCUUCAUUUCCCUCUGGAUCGUUAAGAACUCCCCCGCCCGCCCCGACAGCUUCUUUCUCUUCUUCAAUAAAACCCCAAUUGCGGUGAGCUUCUUCAGACCCGUCAAUCUCCACACCCUUAACGGAUUCGGGAGGAACUUCUCUACAAGUGAUGCGGUUGCUAAUUUGCUCGAUGCCCAUUUGAAGAAACCUGAAAAUGCGUCUGGGUUUGCCGGGAUUUCGCUUUCCGGCGAGGAGAGGAAGAGGAACGCCGCGGAGGACGGCGGCGGUGAUGGCAAUACUACCGCGGUCCGGCCCAGGGGCGGGGAGAUGCCGAUUAAGGAAGUUGAAGUAGCGAUUAGCGAGAGGAUUUGGAAUAAAUUUGAACCCUCGAACAAGACUGUGAGGAACUUCUCUAGAACUGAUAAGAAGGCUGAAAAUGUUUCUGGGUUUGCCGGGAUUCCGGUUUCCGGCGAGGAGAUGAAGAAGAACGCGGUUGGAGAGGGGAAAGAAGAUGGCGGCGGCGAUGGUAAUUCCACCGCAAUCCGGCCAAGGGGCAGUGAGAUUCCGAUUAAGGAAGCUGAAGUAGCCAUCAGCGAGAGGAUUGAGAAGAAAUUUGAACCCCCAAACAAGAUUUUGAGAAAAGAAUCUCAUCGGUGUGAUUUGACGAAAGGGAAGUGGGUUUUCGAUGAAACUAGUCCACUGUAUUCGAAUAGUUCAUGCCCUUUUAUAGAUGAAGGAUUCGAUUGCGAAGGAAAUGGAAGAUUGGAUUUGAACUACAAGAAGCUGAAAUGGCAACCCCAAGAUUGUGGUUCUUACAGGUUCAAUGCCACAAAAAUGCUGGAACUGAUAAGAGGGAAGAGGGUGGUUUUUGUGGGAGAUUCAAUAAACAGAAACCAGUGGGAAUCUAUGCUCUGUAUGCUGUUUUCCGCCAUUAAAGAUCCAAGGAAGGUUUAUGAGACUCAUGGUAGAAGAAUCACCAAGAAGAAAGGGAAUUACAGUUUUAAGUUUGUGGAUUACAAAUGUACUGUUGAGUUCUACGUGUCACAUUUUCUUGUUCGUGAGGACAAGGCGAGGUUGGGACGGAGACGAGUUCAGACGUUGCGAAUCGAUGCGAUUGAUCGUGGCACGUCGAGAUGGCGGGGAGCUGAUGUUUUGGUUUUCAACUCUGCUCAUUGGUGGUCCCAUUACAAAACAAAAUCUGGGGUCAAUUACUACCAAGAAAGAGACCAAGUUCUUCCUCGACUCGAUGUAAAUAUUGCUUUUAGAAGAGCUCUGACAACUUGGGCAUCAUGGGUCGAUAAGUAUAUCGAUUCAAAGAAAACCCGAGUUUUCUUUCGAAGUUCUGCGCCAUCCCAUUUCAGGGGAGGGCAGUGGAAUUCAGGUGGGCAUUGUAGAGAAGCCACAGAGCCUCUGAAUCAAACAUCAAGCUUGGAUCACCCUGAGAAGAAUCUCAUUGUAGAAGAUGUGAUAAAUCAGAUGAGGACUCCAGUUACUUUGUUGAACAUCACGGGUUUAUCGGAUUAUCGGAUCGAUGGACACCCGUCCCUUUACGGGAAAUCAUUUGUAAAUAGGCAGUCUUCAAGAGGAGGUGAAGAUUGCAGCCAUUGGUGCUUGCCUGGUGUUCCUGAUGCAUGGAAUGAAUUGUUGUACUUGCACUUGAAAUAUAGAGAAAUGGUGAGAUGAAUUCUUUUGACAAUGUGUAUGUAGAAUCAUUUGAUUCGGUUC